AUAUUCCGGUGUUUCUAUGCGGCGGUGGGCUUUAACGGCGCUUUCCCGAGCUGUGUGAGUGAUUAUGGCUGCGAACAGCAGCACCGGUUCGGCCACCGAGCCUCCGGGACUGGAGACCCAGCGGCGGGAGAUAGACAACCUCAACCAGAACCAUCAACUCCGGGCCGGGGACAGUUGGUAUUUGUUGGACAAAAGAUGGUUUGAUCAAUGGAAAGAGUAUGUGGAGACCGGGGACCAAAAUUCCUCCUCUUAUCCUGGGAAGAUUGAUAACACAGAACUCUUUGAGGAUCUGGAUUCUUACCAUCUGAAAGAGAGGUUGGUGGAAAAUGAGGACUUUGUCCUGGUCCCAGCAGAAGCCUGGCACAAACUCUUGUUGUGGUAUGAUAUGAUGGAUGAUCAGCCUCCAUUGGAGAGAAAGGUCAUUGACCUUCCCAGCACUGUUAAAGUCGAGGUCUACACUGUGGAGAUCUACCUCUGUCUUUCUAGCAACUUGGAUAAUACUUUUCAGGCAUGGUUCAGUCGGGCAGACAAGAUUCAUGCCAUACAUCAGAAGAUACGGCAGCAAUUUGAAGUGUCAGAUACUGCUGAAAGCCGAAUGUGGAUGAGGAGUACAGAUGGAAGCUCUGAGAGGCUACGCAACCUUAACAUGACUGUACUGGAUGCCUGUCUCAGCUCCGGCAUGACAGUGAUAAUGGAGAUCAGGAAUGCAGAUGGUACAUGGCCCACAUCCAGGCCUCAGAUCAUGCGGAACUCUGCUGAUGAUCAGGACUCGUAUCGAGGUCCUCCGGGAGUGUGUGGCCUUACAAACCUCGGCAACACCUGCUUCAUGAAUUCGGCCUUACAGUGUCUGAGUAACACGCCACCACUGACUGAGUACUUCCUAAAGAGCUUGUAUCUGGAGGAACUGAACUUCUCCAACCCUCUGGGCAUGAAGGGUGAAAUUGCGGAAGCCUACGCCGAUGUCAUCAAACAGAUGUGGUCAGGGAGGCACUAUUCUGUGGUUCCCCGUGUCUUUAAGACUAAGGUUGGCCACUUUGCAUCACAAUUUCUGGGAUACCAGCAACAUGACUCUCAGGAGCUGCUGUCCUUCCUGCUGGACGGUCUUCAUGAAGACCUUAACCGAGUCAAGAAGAAGGAGUAUAUUGAACUCAGGGAUGCAGACGGUAGACCAGACCAGGAAGUGGCUGAGGAAGCGUGGCGCAACCAUCUGCGGCGGAACGAUUCGGUCAUCGUUGACACAUUCCAUGGGUUGUUCAAGUCAACCCUGGUGUGCCCAGAGUGUUACAAGGUCUCUGUAACCUUUGACCCCUUCUGCUACUUGAGCGUGCCCUUACCAGUCAGUAAAGAGAGAGUCAUGGAGGUUUUCUAUGUUUCCCUCGAUCCUACAGCCAAACCAACCCAGUAUCGGUUGAUUGUCCCUAAAGCUGGCCAAGUGUUUGACUUGUGCACUGCCCUCUCUCAGGCAAUAGACAUCCCACCUAACCAGAUGAUGGUGGCUGAUGUGUUCAAUCACAGAUUCUAUAAGAUAUAUCAAGCUGAAGAGUCCUUAAGCUGUAUACUGGACCGGGAUGACAUAUUUGUGUAUCAGCUGAGCAGUGGCUCUGUGGAUCAGGAUGGUGAGGAGGUGGUUCUGGCCAUCUACAUGCGUGAACGCUCUCACUACAGAGAUUACGGUUCGGGAAGUAACAGUUAUGGCACCUGUCUGUUCGGUCACCCGCUGCUGAUGUCUGUGCCGCGCGGUCAGUGCAUACAGGAAGAGCUUUACCAGCUCCUACUGAAAAGACUGGCGCGAUACGUCCAUCCCCAAGACCCCUCAGAAGAAGUAGAGGAAGAAGAGGAGGUUGAGGAUGGAGGAGAGGAAGAAGAGGAGGAAGAGUUGUACAAAGCUCAGACCAAUGGAGUUAGUGAUGAUGAGGGUCAGGAAGACUCUGUAGAGGCAGGGCCAUCCAAGAAAGAGGAAGAGCAGUCACAGGAGAACAGUCAAGUUGAUGGACCGAACAACGGCCAGUCAGAAGCCAAGAAGAGCAGCGAGAGGAAGGAGAGAGCUGAGGAGGAGUCAAGCAGUGAACCAGACCGAGGCAGCAGUACAGAAGAGGGCCAAUCAGCAGGCGGCAGCACUGACACAAAUUCACAAGAUGCCACUGAUGGGGACCAGAGUGCCGGCGCAGAGCCUUCGGGAAAAGAGGAAGAAGAUGAGGAGGAAGAUGGAGAAGAGGCCACACUUUGUGCACAGGCUAAUAAGAAGCAUCCAGGAAGACGGCACUUCACACAAAGGCGAAAAAAAUCCCUCUUUACGAUUCAGUCUGUGAAUUCUAAUGGCACUUCAGAGCGAGGGAUGGGCGAGGCAGGCAGCAACUUCUCUUUCAGCUCUCAGCAAUACAUUGCCAUCGACUGGGACCCUGACAUGAAGAAGAAAUACUACAAUGAGAACGAGGCUGAGAAAUAUAUAAAGCAUCAGAGCAUGGACGUCCCUCACCAGCAGACAACAGUACAACUGCAAGAAUGUAUAGCACUCUUUACCACGGUAGAGACACUGGAAGAGGAAAACCCCUGGUAUUGUCCUACAUGUAAGAAGCAUCAGCUUGCCACUAAGAAAUUGGAUCUGUGGUCUUUGCCAGAAGUUAUUAUCAUCCAUUUAAAGCGUUUCUCCUACACCAAGUACUCUCGAGAGAAACUGGACACAAUUGUGGAUUUUCCUCUUCGGAAUUUGGACUUCUCAGAUUUUCUCUUGAAGAAGACGGUGAACAGUGCUGAACCUCCCUGCAGAUACGACCUCAUUUCUGUGUCCAACCACUAUGGCGGACUCCGUGACGGACAUUAUACUAGUUAUGCCAGGAACAAGGACAACUGCCAGUGGUAUUACUUUGAUGACAGCAAGGUGACCUAUGCAAGGGAGGAACAAAUUGUGACAAAUGCCGCCUACCUCCUGUUCUAUCAGCGCCAAGACAAGAUCCGCCAACCCACCGCCCCUCCACCUGUACCAUCUUCCACCCAACCAGAGAACCACACCAAAUUCCAGAGCCAUGAUGGAGAGGAUGGAGCCACUUCCUGUGUCAGCAUGGAGACUGACUAAUUUCGUCCAUCCUUUCCUCUGCUUUCUUACUCCACUUCUGUCUUUCAAUCGCUUGUCACUUCCUCCUUCACAUUUUUUGAUCACCCUCUUUUGUUUAAUUUAAUCUUACUUAACAGAAACUUGAACCUCUGCCUGUGCUCUGACUCCUACAGGAAGAGGGUGGCAGGGGCUACUUUCUCAGGCUGGUGCGAGAGCAUCAUGGGGUGGGAAUGCAGAUUAUUUUGUUUUCUUAACGACAAACUCAAGGAAACAGGUUAGGCUUGUGGCCGAAUUUAGAGAUUACACGCUGAUUUGUUUGAAUUGCUCCAACAAUGAUGAGAAUCUGGUGAAUGACGUUGCGCCGCAGCAGAGUUUGUGGUCACCCAUAUUGUCGUUUGCACUGGAGUUCAUCAUAACAUGCUAACAUCAAUGCAUUUCCUUGUUGUUUUUUUUCAUAAGCUUGCAUUUCUGAUCUAGCUAAGCUACUGUCUACAGUGCUGUUUGAUCUACAUGCACAAACCUGGGCCAAGUUCCACUGCUCUACUGCUUUUGUUGAAUUUAGCAUCAAGAACCAGUUUGCUAUGUAUUCCAACUGGGUUUUCUUUCAAGACUUCUUGUUGUUCCAUUAGAACUUGUGGUUUUCCAUCAGAAACUAUUCUUUCAUCAGAAACUUUAGUUGGUCCAUUAAAAAGUUUGGUUUUUCCAUCAGACCUUUUGGGUGGUCUAACAGAAUUUCUAGUUGUUCCGAGCAGCAACAUUUAGUGCGGUAGUUAUUAGCAGGGAUGGAGGAGCCUCGUUUCUCAAUCAGGGACAUCAUAGUCAGAAAUCCAGCUAUUGCAAUUUGAUAUUUGAUUUCUGCAGUCUUCUUGUAAAAUGUCGGAAAUAAGGUGGAGGUUAAAAAAAAAAAAAAAAAGGCUUUCUAUCCACUCACUGGUGAAAUAUUUAUUUUUAUAAAUGCUUGAUGCUAAUAUGGAGCUGUAAUUCUAAUUCUGAAGAGUGGUGUCUAAAGGCUUCUAAAGAUCUUCCAUUUUUAUUUUUCAUUCUUGUGAUGGUUUUUAUUCUGCUGUCGUAAAGACUGGUGAUGGCCCUCUGUUGCGGGACACAAACGGAGGCGAGAAUUUAAAUUUUUUUGUAAACAAAAGGAAAAUAAACAGUAGGAUUUUAAUAUCUCAUUCUAUUGGACUAAUUGUGUGCAAUUAAUACUGAACUCUUUGGAGCAAUGAGAAUAUUUCAGCAAAGUGCUUUCUGGAUAGAGCUCUUUAUUGUGUUCUUUUUUAAGGUGCCUCUGUACAGUAUUUUUGUAUUGUAAUAUGUUGUAUUAUCUUUGAUCAUCUGGAUCAGAUGCUGGGAAUGGGGGAGCUUUCAUUUUAUUUUAUUAGGAAUUCUAAAUUGAAUAUAUAAUUGUAUACACAUCUUUUGAUAUGAAUAAAUGAUGACUAUAAAGUUAAGGAUUUUACACUUUGGACACAUUUGGCUUUCAUUGCAUUGUUUAACCUCUGAAUAAAGGGGCAUGUAGGGGCAGCUGCAAAUGUUUCUCGGCUGUUUGCAGUAUUGUAUUUUAUUUGGCCUGCCCAGUAAAAUGCAAGUCUUUUAGGCAGUGCUUUUCAAAUGCUCUCACCUACAGGAAACAUGGGUAAAUCUUACAAAACCUGUCAAGAAAAUACUGGCCAUAUUUCUUUCCAAAAUCAAAGCGGAACAAAGCAGAAAUUAUAUUGUGCUUAUUUUGCGUAUUCAAAAUAAUUUUAUGACAAUUAAGCUUAUGUUCUUCCCAGAAUUCUAAUUACAGUAAUGUGCAAAUAUCUCCUUUUUUGUUGUUCUGCCAUUAAUUUAUGCUGACCAACUGAAAAUCAUUAAUUAAAAUAAUUCAAUUACAAUGAUUUAAGCAAAAUCAUUACUGUAAUUCUACUGUAAUACAGUGGAAAAUAAACCGUAGAAAUGACUGAACUGUGAGAAGUGAAAACUCAAAGUAAAACAACUGUACAAUUUGCUGUAAUGAGAAGGUUGCUGGGCUUCAAAUUGUCACAAAAAUAAAACCACAUUGAAUUUAUUUUUAAGUUGGGGUGAAAUAUGACCUGUACAUGUUCUUGACAGGUUACAUGAGAUUCAUCCACACAUUUGUGAUGAAGACUUGCUUUGAUACGUCUGUCCUUUACACUUUACAGAGACAGUUUAUUUUAUUUUUUAUAAAACAGUUCCUAAGAUGAAACCUCAAAAUGAACAGCAAAUUCAUUUCACAUCUAAAGUCUUCCAUUUUGUACAAGGUUUACAUAAUGCAACAAUCCACCUAAUAAAAACUUUACUUUUUAUAUAGAGUUUUAGUUUUAUGACAAAUGCCAAUGCAGAGCAUUUAAAAUAGAAAUUUAAAUAUGUCUAAGAGCCUCUGUGAAUGUAACUUCCAAUGGUUUCAUUUAUUUCAGUGAUAUUCAUAAGGGGAUGUUUGGCUGUAUAUGAAUAAUUGCAAAUAUCAGAACAAUUCAUUUUUCUUGAUCUCAAAAAUAGUCUGUUAAUGAUUUGUUUUUGUAACAAUAUUUUAAAGCCCAUUUCACUGCCAGAGUAUAUCCCACCUUGAGUCAAAUUUCAUAUUUAUGAUUUUACAGUGUGGGAGCACUUUCUGUAUAGAAAUAAAACAUU